AUGCUCUGUUUCCCAUGGUGUAAGCGUAACAAGUCGACCGACGAGGAACCACUCAACCCGAAAGCCAAAGCCUCUCCGUCAGUCAAGAGCAUGGAACCUGGCGGGCCCGUCCAACUGCUCGAUGAGCGUAGUGGUGCUCCCAAGAUAACCCUUACGGUUCCGUCGCGCGAGGCCCUCACCCUGGUCGUCCCGAGUGAGGGCGGGAAGACUGCCAGUCCCUCGCGCCCUGUCAACACCACGCCCAGUCAGGACUCGCCACAUUCGCCCGGAAGCCCGGUGCUGACCCUGCUUGGCGGUGGCAUCGUGAUGGUCGGCACGCUCGAGUCAGUCCCAGAGGAGGUCGUGGCCACGACCCAGACGGUCGCGGUGGUGGAGCCCCAGCCUCCGCCCACGAGCAAGGAACCCAACAUGGUGGCAGUGGCCGAAUCACCCACGUCAGUCAAGGUGGCGAGCCCGAAGGAGAUGCCGAGUCCGGUGGUGACUGAGCCUCUCGCUCCACGUCAGCUGUCGAGUCCGGUGGUGACUGAGCCUCUCGCUUCACGUCAGCUGUCGAGUCCGGUGGGGACUGAGCCUCUCGCUUCACGUCAGCUGUCCAGCCCGGUGGAGGCUGUGGCCAUGAUCAUGGUUCCCGAACCAGAGACCAAGCCGACGCCUGCCCAGCUGGCCGCCACGAUCCCUCCUUCGGAAGCCACGGGGCCCGUGAAUCGUGAAUUCCAGGAGGACGUCAAGCCGACCACCGAGCAGCUAGCCGAAGCCGAGAACGCGUCUAGUCAGCACGAAGGGAGUGACGUCGCCGUCGUUGUCGCCGCCGUUCUAAACGGCGCGGAAGGUAGUGAGGACAUCAAGCCGCUGGCGAGCACCAUCGCGGCGCAGCUGGUCAGCGUCGUCGAGGGCCCCGACAUCGACAAUGUCGCUGCCGAACGCGCUAAGCCUAUCAUCGACGAUGUCAAGCCCACCAUCGACUGCUCCACAGAGCUCGAUGUGUCUACCUCCGAGGACAACCCGGAAGGCAUCCCGCGCGCCAACCCUAGCGCCACUCCGUCGAUCGAAUACCUCGGCUCCGGCCCGGGCGAAAACCCCCCGUGCGUCGUCGACCUCACGCUCAGCGAGACGGACGACGAGCGCUUCAGUGCGAAGAGUGUCAGCGGCCCGCCGGCCGAGAGCCCGGGCGGGUCCACUGACGCACUCCAUUAG